AUAACGAGUGUGGAUGCAGUUGGACGUAUCAUGUUUUUGUUUGAAUUUAAUUAACUAUGUCGUAAAAUGUUCACAAAGUAUGCGUAUUUAUUUUGCCAGAAACACUUUUAUUAUGACUUUCAGUUUAAAGUGGUUGUGUGCUAAUGAAGUGACGUAAACGUAUCUAAAUAAACACAGAAAGCCAACACCAUGGCAAAGUACUACUUUGCAUUGUUAUUGGUGCGACUGGUGUUGCCAGCAGGACUCCUGUUAAGUAUAGCACUACGACCGUUUGGGCUGUCUUUGUUAUAUCUGCUCCUCUACUUAAUAGCACCAUUGCCGCAAUUACCAGACACAGAGACGUUUAGUGGUGGAUGCCGUAAGUUUUUAACGCUGACAUUACUUGUGUCGUUCCUACUUUUACUGGCACAUGCAGCAUGGCACAUCGUACUGGCAGCAUUCGCGCCCUACGGGUCCCUACUGGAAACCUAUCCUCUAAUCCAGAAGAUCGGACACAACCUGGGUCUGGUCUCCUAUUACGAUAUAGACCCAGCCAUGGCCGUGCAUUACUUAGCGCCGGAGCUAAUAAUGGCCGGUGUAUCGCUGAUAGUGUAUAUGCUGGUAAAGAAAUUGCUGACCGGGGUCGACAUCGCCAGUCAAAGAAAGGACACGAAGCAUCAGCGGAAUCCAAUGCUUACUACUGCAGGGAAGUAUGUAUGCCUGUUCCUGAUAAUGUUCUCCGGCAUAAUGCGGCCAAGCGUGACGUCAGGGAUUUACUUCUUGGUGUUCAUGGGCGCGGCCACCGCCUGGUCGCUGGGCCGGCCGCUGGAGAAAGGAUUUGCAGUCAUCAGCCGCUGUCUGAUGGCCAUCAUGGCUGUACACAUAUUAGUGCUGAUCGUCUACCAAUGCUCAUGGCUUAUCGCUCUCUAUCCGCCAGAAAUGAAUUUUGCUCGAUACUUUGGCCUCACACAACUAGUAAAUAUCAACGAAACAAACCCAACGAGUUUCUCUUAUGAAGUCACGGAUGACCACAUGUGGGCCACACUCGCUAGUCCCCUAGUCAUACUGUUCACGUAUUACAUCCUAGCCCUCGAAUCACGGGAACUCUUCAAGCCCAAGGUUGCAUAUUCAUACAUAAAUUCCAAAGCACUCCGUGGGAACGCCAGUGAGACUACCCCUCUAAUAAGGAACAUUAGCCCAAGCAAGCGAUGGUCGAGCGUGCGAUCAGCCUCGAUGUCUCGCCAGCUGCACCAAGAUUCCACGGGCUCUGUGGUCGUGCCUGAUGAAGAGUCAGUUCUAGAUGUCGAAGAAAACACUCUAAUGGAUGACGUCGUAGCGGCUAUAAUUGAUUUCUUCCAAGUUCUAGUCAGAUCCUCGUACAUAGCGACGACGAUCAUAAUGAUGGCGUGGAGCAUAAUGUUCCACUCGUGGCUCACGUUCGUGUUCCUCAUGUGGGCCAACAUCGUGUGGUUGUGCCAGGACCAGCGCUCCUUCAUGCUGAAGACCAGCCCUAUUCUGGUGUGCUACGCGAUGUUAUUGCUCCUCACGCAAUACAUAUACGGCAUGAAUCUGCUGGAGUCUGAACUGCCGUCGAAUAUUACGGAAGUGAACUUACGUCAAAUCGGCGUGGGCCGAGCGGAGGGCGAGCCAUGCGUGCCGCUUCUGAUCAAGGCGCUGUUUACCUGCAUGUUCUGGGUGACGCUCCGCCAGCGGGUAGCGGAGAUCCGCCAGCGGCGGCAGUCCGCCGUCAUCACCGAUAUGGCGGCGCCGCUACAGCUGACGGUGUCCACUGCUGCGAGCGUGAUUGAAGCGCAGCGCGAAGAGGAAAGUCGGUCGCGUCUUCUACGCGCGCUGGGCGAAUGGCUACGCGCGGCGUGCGCUCGCUACUGGAUCUACGUGGUCGUCAUCAUGCUGUUCGUCAUAGGCGUCACGGGCGACCGCAUGACCAUCUUUCGCAUCAUAUACAUGUUCCUGUUCCUGGUGUUUAUACUCAUGUUCCAGAUAAGUUGGCGUUUAUGGCGACGGUUAAUGUAUACAUUCUGGAUAACAGUCAUUAUUUACUCGAUGAUAAAUUUGAUAUUAAUUUACAUAUACCAGUUUGAUAACUUUUCAAAAACUAUUGAAACAUAUUUGCUGAUCAACGAACGACUGCAGCACGAUUUAGGUUUAGAACCUUACCAUCCAGCAGAUUUAUUUGUGAAACUCCUUACACCUACCUUAUUCUUGAUAAUCACCAUAAUGCAAGUGCAUUACUUCCACAAAGACUUCAUGGCGUUAUCAGAUCCAAAGACAAGAACAAACAGCGUUGUUCCUAAAGAUGUUGACUCUAGCAGGCCAAGUCAAGCUGGUGCUUCCACCAUGAAAGAUGACAUACCUCAAUUACCGUCCGAAGAAGAACGAGCGGCGUCGCCCGAAGGUGCAAUGGAUGAUAAGAGUCUGACUGAAGCUGAUCACUCCAUGACUUCCAUGAACACCACUGCGAAACGAUCCUUGCACAGAAAACCAUCUCGCGCGCGAUCGUAUGCUCCAACUAUAACGGAACGUCCCGAGAGCGGAUUCGUGCCGUACGCCAAACGCUUAUACGAAGCGGUGCGCGGUCACUUCUACGAGUGGAUGGACAAGGCGUUUGCAUACUUAGACCUGCAUCUUGUGAAGGUCAUCUUCAUCGCUCUUAUGCUGCUUUGUGUGCUUAACGUGUGCGCGAUGCACGUGCCCAUAAUGUUAAUGAUAUCUCCCGGUCUGUGGUUGGGCGCGCGGCGGCAGCGCAUCUGCGUGCUGCUCAUAUCUACCCUCAUAAGCGCAUACCUGAUGGCCAAGAUGGUCUACCAGAUCGAGUACAUCAAGCACGCGUUCUUUAGCAUCGAGUGUCCGAGCAGUUCUGGAGAAAACAUAACAAUUCUAAAUACUACCACGUAUAACAACGCCGAAUGGCUUGGGUUCCUGAAGGCGUCGCGAGACAAACCACUAGUGGUUCUUCUCAAAGGCUACAUUGGACUUAUAGCUGUCUUUACCUUUUAUUCUCUAGUCAAGUAUAGACAGCAGGCAAAAAGACAGUUACUAGGUGUAGACAAUAAGGAAAAAGAGAAAGUAAUGUUUCCGGAGAUCACCCGUCAAGACGCCGACACAGACAUGAUCCAUUGCAUCAAAUAUUUGAUUAACUACGGAUUUUAUAAAUUUGGAGUAGAGAUAACCCUAAUCUGCCUGAUUGGCGUGAUCGGUUCCCGUAUGGACGUGUAUGCAGUGCUAUACGCGGGCUGGCUCCUAGUUCUAGUCUCAAUGUCUCGCGUGCGCCAGGCGCGGAUAUGGCCGGUCUUCACGGCGAGUGUCACUGUACUGGUGCCGGUUCAGUAUAUGCUGGCUGUGGGAUUCUUGCCGCAGCUGUGUAUCAACUAUCCGUGGAGUGGUGAUGAACAGCAAAUGAAACACGUUCGGACAUGGCUCUUCCUACCUUAUCCUGACGAACCACCACAUGCCCUGAAGCUGGUCUUCGAUUAUUUCCUACUAUUGUUUGCCACAAGGCAGCUUAGAGUGUUCCGUAUAGAGAAAACUCACGGAGAAACCUACACUGGUGGUUCUAACAGCGAAGACAUUGGGAAAGACUGGGAAACGCCCAACUUUGUCAAUCCUGUGCCUGACUUCUUAAGUUACGUAGGAUCUUGGUUGGAUGUUAUCAAGCGAAUGGUAUUCUUAGGAAUGCUUUGGGUGACUCUAGCCAUCAUGUUCAUGACGGGCACAAACCGUGUCAACCUGUUCUCUAUGGGCUACCUAAUAGGAUCGUUCAUAUUCCUUUGGCAAGGGACAGACUUCUAUCUGCGACCUAAAGAGGCUAUAUUGCAAUGGUGGUCGUGGCUCCUCCGCUACAACGUAUCAGUGGUUGUGGUGAAGGCCUUACUUCAGAUCCCGGGCUGCAUCUUCAGCUCGGUGAUGCAGGAGCAUGCGUGCUGGAUUGUGCAGCUCCUCGGCAUCGGCUGCGUUGAUAAGUUCGCUGGAGGAAACAUCGCCAGGUUCCUUAGGAUGCAGUAUAUCAAGGAGGCCGCAUGUUCAGUACCACAAGAAGAUAUUGGUCUCGCAUGGGACGGAGUUUGCUUUGCUUUCCUCAUAUUGCAGCGGAGGCUAUUCCAUAGCUACUACUUCUACCGAGUUAUUGAUGAGAGUAAAGCAACUACUGUUCUUGCGUCAAGGGGUGCAGAAUUGAUAGAGGAGCUACGACAAAAACAAAUGCAAAUACAAGAGGAACAGGAGGUAAAAAUAUUAGAAAAGAUCAAAGUCAAAAUGGAAAGGAUAAAGGCCAACCAGAAGAAGAUACAGGGUGCCAUGACAAAGGAGCCUCAUCAUCAUGAUGCAGGAAGCGCGGCCUAUAGGCGUCGAAUCUACACGAAGAGACACGAAGCGCACGAUAGGCCGUACAAGCAGCCCGCCAGCCAUCAGAAGGCGGUCCGAUCCGGAGACUACUACAUGUUCGAUGAGUUUGACGACACCGAACUACAUCUGAAGGAUGAAGAUUCCAGUUCCGAUGAGGAUGGACCCAAAGAGAUGGGCUUUGGCAAGGUGCAACGCAGGCGCUCGCAAGCGGACCUAACGCAGGUGGGCACGGAGUUGCCGAUGUCAGAAAAGGACCGCGACGGAGCUGUCUCUGAGCUGGACGAUAUUGCCCCGCUGCCUGAUCAAGAAACGUGGUUCGAGAAACUGAAGCGGUUCCUGGAGAUCGCGUGGGCGUUCAUAUCCAGCUUCCUCGUGUCCGUCACGCGCCACGUCAUGAAAUACUCCCGCGACUACCGAUACGUGUCCAGAACGCUCUCUAUUGAAAAGAAGAUACUCAAGGAAAAAGAAGGCUUCGGCAUUGGAUUAAGAGAAGGCUCACAGAUGAUUUGGGAACCAUUACCUGAGACUCUCGUCCACCGCAAAGACGUGUCAAUUCUGGAAGAACAAGACGAUUCUAUGUUCAAGCAAGAGAAAUCGCCAUUCGUACACCUGUUCUACGCGCUUUGGUACGCUGUAUUGGCACAUACGGACAUUGUAUGCUAUUUGAUGGUGUUCAUCAACCAGAUACAAUCAGCUACUAUUCUUUCAAUCCCCCUGCCGCUAAUGGUAUUCUUAUGGGGAACUCUCACGAUACCACGACCUACCAAAACAUUUUGGGUUACGCUUAUAGCCUAUACUGAGGUGAUAGUACUCAUCAAGAGCAUGUUCCAAUUUGAGAUCCUACCGUGGAAUCAGAAAGCUAUUCCCGCUAAUAUGCCGUUCACGGCGCCGCGCAUCAUCGGUAUUGAGAGGAAGUACAACUACGCGCUAUAUGAUCUACUACUGCUGCUCAUCAUAUUCUUCCAUAGGUUCAUGCUGAAAUCGCUCGGUCUGUGGAAGGAAUCGACGCCCGAGAUCGAAUUGCGCGAAGAUAUGGAGUAUCCUCUCAGUCAAGAGGAUACCCAGAUGGUGGUGGAGGGUCGCGCCGCGGAGGUCGGCCGUAAAUACGUCCAGCUGCACGACCAGACCGGACCAGAUAGCGACGGCAACGGCCCUACCAGUCCCUUGUCGUUGGAGGACAAGCCUCGCGAAGAGAAGGCCAAACUGCCGUCCCAAGAUGACGACGAUCCCGAGGCAGGUCCUUCAAAACAGGAGGACGACCACUACAAAGUAAACGACGAUCAAGAACCAAUAAUAGCGGUGACGACAACCCUGGAGGACACGUAUCAUCACUACCCGCAAGUGAUCUGGCUGUCCGUAAAACGCUACCUGCAGCCGACGCAGCGCUUCUUCCGGCGCAUGCUGGCGCCCGGCGCGCGCGUCACGGCCGACGUCUACGCCUACAUGUUUCUGUGCGACUUCUUCAACUUCCUCGUCGUUAUAUUCGGCUUCGCGGCAUUUGGGACGCACCAAGGCGACGGCGGCGUGCAAGCGUACUUAGAAGAGAACAAAGUACCCAUACCUUUCCUGAUCAUGUUGAUCCUGCAGUUCGGACUCAUCGUCAUCGACCGAGCGCUGUAUCUGCGCAAGUUUAUGCUCGGCAAGAUUCUGUUUCAAUAUGCACUGAUCAUCGGCGUGCAUAUUUGGAUGUUCUUUGUGCUGCCUUUUAUUACUGAAAGAACAUUCAACACACUGCCGCCACCGCCGAUGUGGUACAUGGUGAAGUGCAUCUACUUACUGCUGUCGGCGUACCAGAUUCGCUGCGGCUAUCCGCGCCGCAUCAUCGGCAACUUCCUCUGCAAGUCCUACCACUUCCUCAACAUGCUGUUCUUCAGGGGCUUCAUGGCGGUGCCGUUCCUGUUCGAGCUGCGCACGCUGAUGGACUGGAUCUGGACCGACACGUCCAUGACGCUCAUGGACUGGCUCAAGAUGGAAGACAUCUUCGCCAGCGUGUUUUUGCUUAAGUGUUCUCGAUACGUGGAAGACGAAUUCCCGCAGCCGCGAGGCAUGAAGAAGUCCAACGUGUCGAAGUAUUUACUUGGCGGAGGCGUUCUCGCGUUUGUGAUCGCCAUCAUCUGGUUCCCGCUUGUGUUCUUUGCCUUUGGAAACACUGUCGGGGAACCAAAUCCGCCAACAGACGUGACGGUGAAAAUUCGAAUUGGUCCGUUCCUGCCUGUCUACCAAAUGUCCGCCCAAUCACACAAUAUUGACGUUUUCUCUGAGCAAGACUACACUCAACUGAGCAACCAGUACGCGCGCGACCGCACGGCGCAGACGUUCCUGUCCAACUACAUCUACAACGACGUGGCCGUCGUCACCAUCAACCCCAACUCCACCAUGAACUGGGAGAUAUCGCCGCCCGAGCUCGACCGCCUCGAGAAAGAGGCGAUAUCGGAUUCCCCACUCCUCGUCCGGUUCACAUACGUGAUAACGCAUCCCACGAACGCGGUGCCGAACCCGCCCACUAUAGAAGACUUCCGCGAGAUCGAGCUGCCGGCCAAGAUUGACGGCAAGCCUAAUCCCGAGAGAGAAACGCUGCUAAAGCUGCUCGCUGGGACGGCUUCUGAGGACACUUGGUUGAACGUAAAACAUCUGUUCCCCAAAUUUCUGAAAGUUUUUAACAAGGGCACCGCUAAAGCGGCUUACCAACUAAUGCCGCCAACUAUUGAAAAGGGUGAAGACGCGCGGUUGUAUCGUGACGUGCAACUAAGGCUAGAGCGUUACGGGAAUACCACCAUGUAUUGGCGCGUCCGGGAGUCUUGCGGGGCGAGAGACCCAUUGCUGUCUAUCCCAAUGAACAAUUGCGAUAUGCUAGUCAUGUACACAUUCAACGAUAAAUUGUUCCCGGAAACACUCAAUUUCAUUUCUGGAAGCGGAAUCAUCGGUCUGUAUACGACUUUCGUGUUCCUCGCUUCGCGCGUGCUGCGCGGCUUCUUCUCCGGAAUCUACACCAAGAUCAUGUUCGACGACCUGCCCAACGUGGACCGCGUGCUGCAGCUCUGCCUCGACAUAUACCUGGUACGCGAAGCCCUCGAGCUAGCAUUAGAAGAGGAUCUCUUCGCGAAACUGGUGUUCUUGUACCGGUCGCCGGAAACUAUGAUAAAGUGGAGUCGACCGAAAGAAGAAAUCGAAGAACAGAGGGCGCUGCCUCCGUCGCGCUGACCACUCGUAGCGAACUAACGAGAAAUCGAUCACAAUGGAGAACGCUUCAAACGAGUCAAUUUUACAGUUAAAUCAGCGACGCUAUGAAUGUAUAAUCUAGCUAGAACAAGCGACGGGCUAUUAAGGCCUAAUUUAUAAGGCUCUACUUAUACACCGGCCCUGCUGCUGUAACGACCUAGGACGUGGCAGUUUUAAUAGAUACGUAAGUUGUACAGUUGUAUAAUUUAAGAAUAACUAAGAUGCAACUUAAAAUUCUCUUCUUCCUUGACUUAAUUUUAUACACUUAUUAUUACCUAAAAUAAAACAUUCCGGAUUAUCAAUUAUGAUAUGAAAACGAAUGUACCAUACAACAGACUUGUAGUGUGGCUGACACUGCUCAACAAAAGCAACUGGUAUCUAAUGGUCUUAUGAAUCAUGAAUGAACUGUUAUAAAGUUUAUUUUACGCGCUAUACAAAUGAGCUAUAAAGAUUUGGCAUGUCAUGUCCAUUUGUAAAAUUGAAGUUCUUGUCUCUCUUUAUCAAUCCAAAGAUCUUUCUUCCACCAGUUAUUGCUUUAUAUUUUUACAUGAUUCUUCGUAGGUACUUAUGUACUUUAGGAAAGUCUAUAUUAAGCUAAUUGUAAGCUUUAUGAUCUAAAAAUAUCUCGCUACUUAAUGCUUACAUUUUAGUUAAUAAGUUUUUAAAACUGCACAAGUUAAAAGUAACCUACAAUUAUUUAUAUGAAAUGAAUUGCAGUUUGAGGUUUGCGUACUAAUUUUAUGAUGUCGUAAGUUCAGUACCUACCUACCUACACAUUUCCAGUGACGUUUUUAUUGGAACCUUUAAAGAAUACAGUAAAAUGAAAGUAUCUAUCUAAGAAUAAAAUUACAUUAUCGUACGCGAAGGAAAUGCUAAGCAAGUGGCUUGUCUUUUCAUUUUAAAAUUACAAGUUUACGUUUUUUCUGUGACCAUAAUAUUUGUGAUAAACAUUACAUUUGCCCCGAAAAUAUUUGGUUUUCGGUUAAUAUAUGAAAAUUGUAGAUUGUUACAUAUUUAUACAUCUACAUAGAUUUAUCUACCAUUGUUGUUUUUAUUAAAAUUUUGUUGCACAAAUCGUUACUCUUUUACAUAAUUAUGUAAUUUUAUAUAUUUUAUACAAGCACUUCCGUAAUGUAAUAAAUUACCUCAAAUUAAUCAUUGCAUUUUAUAUAGUGUGUAUUUAUAAAUUAUGAAAGUAUGAAGAAUUAUACACUUUUGUAUCAAGAUUGUUAUGUUUUAAGCUGCAUUUAAUGUUGUCAGUUUGUGAUAAUAAAACUCAUGAUAAAUGUUAAAA